AUGGUGAGUUCAUUGUAUCCGUUCUCGGGUUAGGUUCACUCAUUUCAGUUGCAGAUUCCCUUAGUCUUUCUCCUUUUCUUCACUCCAACUGCCCUUCUGGCCCCUGUUCGGACGGAGCUCUGCUGCUGUGGCUGCACGGAGGAACCGUGUCCACUGGUCGGUCCCAGUUGUCCGAAUCCUCGAGCACUCUGCAAUUCUUCUGUGGAAUCAAAUGUGAAAUGCUCGGCUCUUCAGACACUUUUCGAAAUUUCGCAGAAGAAAUUGAUCACAGAGUCCUUUUUGGAUGACAUGAAUGACGACGCGACUACGACUCCAGAAAUUAUUGGACAACAGGUUUCCUUGAAUUUCAUCUCAUUUAGUAAACGUUAUUCUUCAGAAGUCAGUGCAAUUGUUGCCGACGUUGGAUGCGAGGGAAGUGCAAAAUAUGAAGAAUGAGAUCCUUGAGAUAACCUCCAACAGAACUCGAAAAGCUGAGAUCCGUAUGAGUCCUCGGAUAUCUUCAGAUUCGGAACACAUGAAUGGUCUUCACAGAAUAUCGCAUAUGAUGUCAGAAAUGGAAGGAAUGCUGCAAUUGAUGAGAGACGAACUGUCGAAUCAGAUCGAGAACACAUCGCCCGUGAGAUUAUUGGAAGAGGCUGCCACACGAAUAGAGGUAACAUAACAAAACAAAAAAGGUCCUGGCCGGGUUCAAACCGGCGACCCUCUGCGUGUGAAGCAGACACAGGCAAACCGGUCAAAUGAGGGUCUCAUGUGGGCCUCAUGCCGAAAGAUGUACCAAACUCAUCCUCGCCGACCCGCCGGUGGGCCUGUGGACGUGAUAACGACUACGUAUUGGUGGUGUACACCACAGGAACGGGCGGCUGAAUUCUCUUGCUUGGCGGCAGACAAACUCUCUUUGUUUGCAGGUCGAUUCGUCUUUGCUCGCGGCGCCACUGACGAGAGCGACGCGAGUGAGGAGGGCGGAGACGGACAAUUGCAACGACGAAAAACUGAGGAAAGUGAUCAAAGAUGUGAGUGGAAAUGUGGGAUUUAACACAUUGAGUCAAGUUGCAGAACAUAAAAAAAGACGCGAAGAGCUCGAAAAGAGAGAUCCAGAAGGCGGCGAACAAAGAGUUCGGAGGCCACUUCAAUGUGAUCUGCUCGCCGUGCGAGUUUUCGUUCGUCGUCGCCUCGCAGAAGUAUUGCGACGGAUUCAAGGAUGACGUCGCGUGCUUUGCCUUCCUCCAGCCACCAACAAAGUUGAAAUUGGACGAGGAAUAA